UCACCACCCCCCUGGCCGGCUGUUUAAUUACAAUCGUCCACCAAACCCAGAGAGCCAGAACCUCUCGCUGCUCGGAACCGAAUCACGCACCGUUCAACCCCCAGCAAAUCACUACGCAAACUUACAAACCACCCAACGGGGCUCUGCCGCUAAAAGGGAUCCCCCAGCCUUUUGCUUUUAGCGUGGUACCGCCGUUGCUUGUAUCUUUUUUUGGCCCACCACCCGGGGGCAAUUGAGACACCGACCCUCGAGCGAACGUGUUCACGACGAAGGUAUCAGAAAAUAGCAGGACAAACGACUUGGAAAAAGAAAGCAAGAGAAACACAACCUGAGCGACAAGCUUUUGCUGGCAUUGUGCGCAUUCUUUACUUUCCUUUGCCUCAGCUUGAGCUUCCCAGCUGCAUCGCCAAAUACCUCGAAUGCGAUCCCUGGCCAAGCUGCCUUUUCCCAAGCCAACACUUAUCCAAUCCCACGUACCUCCCAAUUUAUUUCAUCUUUGCGCCUUAAAGUAGCUGCUAUCGAUUUCUACACAACGACACAGCAUUCACCACUUCCUACAUCGCAUAGCAUUUCAGCGCUGCGCGUCGGCGCCCAUCAUCUACUUCCAUUUUCUUACCUGGAUCCCCUCGCUCUCCUCGACCGACUAGUCUAGGAUUCGGCCUUGUUCAACAGGCCCUUCUCCCCUGGUCUUUCUGCCCACCAGCAGGCAAGUCACAGCCUGCUAGCAGCCGCCAGCGUAGUGCUCUUUGGACAAGGCAUUGCGCUCCUACAACGACGCGCUCCAAUUUGAGUAGCCGCUGCCGAUCAGCGCGCUUUUCAUCAUGACGAGCACUCCUCCCGCCUCGCCUUCGCCUCUUCCUCAGCGGCCGGCGAGCACCAUCAUCACAAAGUCCGCCAAGAGUAUGAGCAGUAGGAUGAGCAUAAGCACAAAGGGCGGCCUCGGUAGCCGUGCCUCAGAUGAAGACAGUCGCACAGCUGUCCGAGUCGCUAUCCGAAUUCGACCGCCCUUAAAACCGACCGACCCAGGCUACGAGCUAAUCCCCCAGCGCUUCCAGCGCUCCAUGGUCCAAACAACAUCAGACACCAGCCUCGCCAUUGACUCGCCGCAGGGUCGAAAGCUCUUCGUCUUUGACCGUGUAUUUGGUCCCGAAGUCCAACAAGAUGGCUUGUGGGACUACCUCGCCGACUCCAUCACAUCUUUUACAAAGGGCUACAAUGUAUCAUUGCUCGCAUAUGGCCAAUCUGGCGCUGGUAAAUCCUACACCAUGGGAACAUCCGGCCCGCUGGACCAGCAGGACCCUCACGAGAUGGGUGUCGUACCCCGUGCCGCGACUGCGCUUUUCGACAAGUUAGAAUCCAUGUACGGUGCUCCUACAACGGCGGGCUUGCGAUCUUCAAUUUCCAUGUCAUCGUUCAAAAACCCGCGCGGUUAUGGUCAGAGAGAUGCUCUUGGCGACCGCAACUGGUCACUCAAGGCCACCUACGUCGAAAUCUACAACGAACAACUCCGAGAUCUGUUGGCUCCCGAUGGUGGUGACCGCAGCAAUGUGGCCAUCCGCGAGGACAAGGGCAACAUUAUCCUCACUGGCUUGCAACAAGUCGAGAUCAACUCGGUAGAAGAUCUGAUGAAUGCCCUGAACAUGGGCUCCACCAUUCGCCAAACAGACUCAACCGCCAUCAACGCCAAAUCUUCCCGCUCACACGCCGUCUUCUCUCUAAAUCUCAUCCAACGCAAGACGAAGCUACAGACAAAUGGAGCCGACAAGCGCUACUCAAUGCCCAUUGAGGCCAUGACUGGCCAAGAGGUCUCCGUCACAACAGACAGCAAACUUCACUUUGUCGACCUUGCAGGUAGCGAGAGGCUGAAGAACACUGGUGCGCAAGGCGAGCGCGCCAAAGAGGGUAUCUCCAUCAAUGCCGGCCUUGCAUCUCUAGGCAAGGUCAUUAGCCAGUUGUCAUCCCGUCAAGCUGGAUCGUAUGUCUCUUAUCGCGACUCCAAGCUCACCCGCCUCUUGCAGGACUCUCUUGGCGGAAACGCCAUUACCUACAUGAUUGCAUGUGUAACGCCACCCGAAUUCCAUCUCAGCGAAACACUCAACACCGUACAGUACGCUCAGCGUGCUCGUGCCAUUCAAUCUAAGCCCAAGAUUCAGCAGGUUGAGGAAGGCGAUAAGCAAGCUGUCAUUGAUCGACUUAAGGCAGAGGUUUCGUUCCUGCGCGAACAAAUCCGCAGCGCCCAAAACUCGUCCACCAACGGUGCUGGCAACUCCUCCAAUGAACGAUCAGAUCGCCAAAACGAGCGAGAGGCUGAACUCCAGAACCAACUCCUUGACAUGCAAGAAAAUUACGGCGCUCUCAGCACCCGUCAUGCCAAACUGAUCGCAGAGAUGGCCAAGGCUGGCGAUGAUGCAAAACGCUCUAGCGGUGACGAUGACAAAGAUGGUAUUAACGAUGCUACAGAUCGCCUGAAUCGUUCAAACUCAUUUGCUCAGGCAGUCGAACAAGUUGUUCUAGAGUACGAAAAGACUAUCGAAUCGUUGGAGCACUCACUAUCGAGCACUCGAACGACGCUUUCUACCACGGAAACAACCUUGCUAGAAAGAGAGACCAAGUGCGCCUACGUUGAGACAAUCAACGGUCAACUCCAGUCCCGCCUUCAAAAGCUCAUCGAUCGCGAAGCCAGCACCGAAAACUACCUUCACGAUCUCGAGUCGAAGUUGGAUGGCCAUACCUCUGGUGAGGAGAAGAACGCAACUAUCAUUUUGGAGCUCCGCAAAGAAAUAGCCCGCAUUCGCGAGAAUGAGGCCUCUUGCGAAGACUACAUCUCCACCCUCGAGGAACGACUGGCCGAGGCCGAUCAAGAUGCUGAGCUGAUGCAACGCGAGGUGGAUAGACUGGAGCAAGUUGUUGAGAGGCAGCGAAGUCUAGGAAAACUUGACUCUCUUCUCUACGAGCUCGACAAGGUAGAAGAGAUUAAGCAACCUGAGCCUGAGCAACCAAAGAUGAAUGCACCGCGUCGCGCCGUCGCAGAUCACUCUCGCAACCUAUCGCUUAUUAGCCGCCACAGCCAAAUGGAAGACCCAAUUCCUGAAGCAGACGAAGACAGCGUCCGUCCAGUAUCGCGCACAAGUACUGUCAAGGAACACCCCGACGAAGCAGAUGCAGCCGAGGUCGCUGUUGUCAAUGGUACGGCUCCAGCUGACAACGUCUCGGUCGACGAUACGGCCGCCGCCCAAAGUAAAUUUGUCGCCGACAAGCUGGAAAGCGUCACAGAUGAGUUGGUCAGCCUGCGCGUAGAACACGAAACCACCAUGUCCCAGUAUGAUGCUCUGCAGCUCAAAUACGAAGAAGCGAUGCGCACAGUCUCGCAGCUGCAAGACACCAUUGACGAGGCUCGUCAUAAGCCAACCAAGAACGCCAGAGAUUCAUUGUUGUCGACAACCUCCGAGUCUGCCCAUCGCCCUCAGUCCUUCCAGUCAGAUCGGGACGCGAGUGAGCCCAAGGAAGGCACUCGCUCCUCUGCCUCUCGUUCCCUCUCAUCAGAACUUUCAUCUGCCAUGGAAUCUGCCGACACUGCUGACACUGAUCCCGAAGUUGACGUCGCAUCAGAGGAUGACGCUGCCACGACAAAACCUACUACAUCCUCCGAUAGCUUGGUCCAACCUGAUCAUACAGAACUGACCGCAGAGAUCGAAAGAUUACGAGAACUCGCCGAUGAGAACGAGUCCGCUCGGAAGACCCUGGCAAGCAAAUAUGCUCAGCUUGAAUCCGAGCACAGCGAGGCCCUGGACACGGUUGAAGAGCUCAAGACCAACUUGUCCAAGGCCAGGGCAGUGGAGUCUGUGUCGCCCAAAGCUUCUAGUCCCGUUAUCCGACGCAAGUCCAGCCAAAAUCUGCUAAUCAUCGACCGCGCUCACCGAUCCUUUGCUUCUCUACGAAACAUUGCUAGCGAGAACUUUGAGGAGCGCCCCGACGUGAUGCAAAGCUUUGAACUCAACAUCAAUGCUGCCAUGCACGAACUGCACUUGCGCAGCGAACGCAUUCAAGAGCUCGAAGCCAGCGUUGCCGCAACGAAGAAAGAGAUGGAGACUAAGAUGACUAUCAUUUCCGGCCUGACUCGUGAACGAACUAGCUUGAAGGCUAGCCCAAUGGAUAUUACCAUGGUGGCAACUCUCCGUGACAAGCUUGAGCAGCAUGAGAAGCAGCUCAUGGAUAUGAAGGAGAGCCACAACUCGCGCGAACAAGAACUAAUGACGGAGCUUGAGAGUCUGCGAGAAGCGUCCAAGGCUGCCUCUCCCGAGCCAGAUGCUGUGCCUAACGAAUCUGAUCUCGUCGAAUUGCACGCCAAACACGAGAAGAAGGUUGCUGAUCUUCAGUCAGACCUUGUCGACUGGGAGACGAAACACCAAACUGCCCUUGCAUCGGCUGACGCCGCGCAUCAGGAGUCUCGCGAGACUGUCCAAAGACUGGAGGAAGAGCUCAGCGCUGCCACCAAGUCCCUCGAAGAGGCACGCAGUCAAGCAUCAACUAGCGAAGAGACCAUUCGUGAUAUGGAGAAGAAGCACCAGGACCUCCUCAAGUUCCUACGCAGCGAAAUCGACGAGUAUAAGGAAAUCAUCCACACGCAUACUACCAAGGUCGCUACGUUGGAGAAGGACCAUGCCACCGCUCGAUCGGAGCUCGAAGAGGUGUCACAAGCUCAUGCCGCAGUUGCAACUGAGGUUUCCCAGCACAAAGAGCUCGUUUCAGAGCUGCAGGCCCAAAUCGCCAAGCAUGGAGACCUUGCUCAGUCUCAUGAGGAAGCUAUCAGCCUUCUUAAGACUAGCCAUUCUAAGGAGCUGUCUGACCUUAAGCAGCAGGAACAAAAGGACUACGAAGAGCAAGUCGAGGUGCUGCUCACAGAGCAUGCUGAAUCUAUUCGCAAGCUCGAAAUCGAAGCAACCGAUGCCCGUGAAGACCUGAUGAAGGUGGCAGCUCAAGUAGCUACCGCUCUCGGACUUGAUGUCAGUAUUGAGAAGCUUACGGAGCGAAUCGACGGUCUGGUUCAAGACCAGCGGGCAUUGGAGCAAGAGCAGCACAAGAACGAAGAGAUCAGCGGUCAUGUCGCUGAACUCUCUACCAUCAACGAAAAGGUUAUGGAAGAGCUCGAGUCCACCAAGCAGUCCUUGGCUGAGCUAGCCAAUGCUACAUCGGAUGCGGCUGCACCUGCCCUCAUUGCUGACCACGUUGCCACCAUUCGCGAGAAGAUGACUGACUUGGAAAGCCGCAACGAAAAGAGUAGUCGUUUGGUUGAGGAGCUAGAGGAGCAACUCCAGCACAACUUUGACGAGGCUCAGGUCGCAAACAAGAGACUGAGCAGCCUGCAGUCGGAGCGUGUCAUGCAGCUGGACGAGGCCAACGCUGCCCGUACCAAGUUGCAAGCUGAUCUCGACAGCAUUCGCGAGGAUUACUCCAGCUUGCAAGCCAAGCUAGAGGAAGCGCAGCUAAAUGGAGGAAUCCAGAGAUCCGACUCAAACUCGACGAUCCGCCACAGUGCCUCCCACGCCUCGCUGCCAUCUCCGCCUCCCGCUAUUCCCUUACCUCCUCUCCCCAUGUCUCCUACAGGCACUCGCCCCAUGAGCCGCGACAAUCUUACAAUUACGCAAAUCACGGAAGACCAGGAAGCGAGAAUCCGCACCAUCGAGAAGCACUUGUAUGCUGAGCGCCAGUUGACACAGACGCUUGAGGAAGCCCUGAGUGACUUGGAGAAGCAGUCAAAGAAGGUCAAGUCGGACUGCGACUCGUGGAAGAAGCGUGCUCAGGAGCUCGAGGGCGAAGUGCGAGAGCUCAAGGAUCGCCCUGCUGCUGAAGCUGCUCAGGACCAGCGCUGGAGCAUGCUGGCAGUAGAGGAGGAGCGCAAGAAGCGACAGGCUGCGGAAGCUGCUCGCAUGCAGCUUGAGGAAAGGAUGAAUGCCAUCAGCAAGAACAAGAAGAAGAAGGGUAGCCUCAACUGCUUCUAGAGGAGGCUAUGCAGCUUUUGGGGUGGUGAACCGGUGUCGACGGACGAUGGGGAAGACAAUACCCCAAACAAUUGAUGACGUCUUUUAUUUUUGUUUCAACGGGGUUUCCUUGGGUCGCUUUCAUAUUUUUGUUUUUUUGUUUCUCUUCUUUUUUGCCGUUCAUUCGGUAGACCCAACUUGGUUCAUAUUCAUGUCAGCGUUGUCAUUGAUAUUGAUAUUGGUUUUCUUUUCUUUGUUGUUUAUUGACCUUUCAUAUUUUUACGGAGAAGAAGGGAGGACUUUUUUUUGUUUCUCGAUACAAGCCAAGGUGUUGUUGAAGCUUUCAGGGCUCUCACUUCAUGUACUUAUACCGGCAUUAUUAUCGGCUUGAAAAGGCGCCAUUGACUUGUACAGAACGGAGGACGAUGUCACUAUACAUAGGUUGUGAAAAAGAUAUCCAAUGAACAUUUUCAUUUCUUCUAUACAAA